CGUCCUGAUUGCUAUUCUCCUCACUUCCCCACCCUCUCUCCGGCCUACAGGAUGGUGUCUCUGCGGGUCCCUUGGAGUCUCUGGGCAGCAGCUGUGGCAGUGGCGCUGAUGGUGCUGACAUUCCCUGGGGCUGGGGGCCGGGAGCCUCCAGAGCAUUUCCUGCUCCAGGAAAAGUUUGAAUGUUCCUUCCACAACGGGACGGAGCGGGUGCACUACGUGGUCAGACACAUCUACGACCGGCAGGAGAUCGCGCGCUUCGACAGCGACGUGGGCGUUUUCGUGUCAGUGACCGAGCUGGGCCGCCCGGACGCCCAGUACUGGAACAGCCAGAAGGACUUCAUGGAUGGGAAACGGGCCGCGGUGGACACGAUCUGCAGGCACAACUACGGCGUGAGUGAUGGCUUCUUGGUGCAGCGCAGAGUCCAGCCCACAGUGAAGGUCUCCCAGGCAAAGACAAAGCCCCUGGAGAGACACCAGACGCUCGUCUGCUCUGUGACGGGGUUCUACCCGGGAGACAUCCAAGUCCAGUGGUUGCGGAAUGGACAGGAGCAGAAGGAGGGUGUCGUGCACACGGAACUGAUGCGUCAUGGAGACUGGACCUUCCAGGUCCUGGUGAUGCUGGAAACGACCCCCAAGAGCGGAGACGUCUACACCUGCCACGUAGAGCACACCAGCCUGCAGGGCCCCAUCACCGUGGAGUGGAGGGCCCAGUCUGAAUCUGCCCGGAGCAAGAUGCUGAGUGGAGUCGGGGGUUUGGUGCUGGGGCUCAUCUUCCUGGCCGUGGGACUCACCGUCCACUUCAAGGGCCGGAAAGGACACUCCGGCCCUCAGCCUGCAGGACUCCUGAGCUGAUCUCCACCGCUGUGUGCCUCACCCACUAGAGCAGCUGGUCCUGUACCUCUCCCUGCCCCUUGGAGGUGAUCCUGUGAGUGAUUCACCUCCUCCAGCACCCUACGACCCUCCAGGCCUCGAUGUCCCCCUUCCCCACCCUCGUGGACCCCCCUCCCUGACCAUCCUGGCAGCAUCUUUCCUUCUUGGGCCUCAUGCUUGGUGGAGGCCAAGUGGGGGCGGGGGGGGGUGGUGUGUGGGGGAAUAAACCUCUGACUUUCCCAGUUACUCCCCAGGGAACACAGCAGCCCAUCCUUCCCCGUUGAGUUGACAUCUCAUUUCUUGAAGCUUUUUCCUCAUUAAACCGUGGGACUGAG